CUCCCAAAUCCCUGAUAUUUUCCCUCCCAAUCACCCUCUUUCUCUGUCGCCCCCAUCCACCCUAAUCUUCGUACACUCCUUCACUUACUUGGCCUAAAACAGAAAAUCAAUGGAGAGAGCCGCGCUGCUUCGCUCCAUAACGUGUUCUACGCUCGCCUGCAACAGAUUCUUCCUCCUCUCUUCUCAUAGGCUAUCUCUGCCCUCCGCUUCCUUCUCUUCCUCUCUCUCUAGCAGUCACCACCGUCCCUUUGGCACCCUCACUAGACGCUCCGUGCUCCGCCGUCACUGGCGAUUGCUCCCCAGCUCCUCCUCGAUUCCAUCUACGCGAUGUUUCUCUUCACUCUCCCCGAAAGCUAUCGCCACUUCGCCAGAGCAAGCCUCUUCAGAUGCUGUUGGAAGUCAAGAUGAUUUAGCUGAGAAGUACGGAUUUGAUAAAGUCUCAGAACAGUUUAUCCAAGAAUGUAAAUCAAAGGCUGUGCUUUACAAACACAAAAAGACUGGUGCUGAAGUCAUGUCUGUAUCCAAUGAUGAUGAGAACAAGGUUUUUGGGAUUGUUUUUCGCACUCCUCCGAAGGAUUCUACUGGGAUUCCCCACAUACUGGAGCAUAGUGUAUUGUGUGGAUCAAGAAAGUAUCCUUUAAAAGAACCAUUUGUUGAAUUAUUGAAAGGGAGCUUGCACACAUUUCUAAAUGCAUUCACAUAUCCUGAUAGGACUUGCUAUCCAGUUGCAUCCACAAAUACAAAGGAUUUCUAUAAUUUGGUUGAUGUAUAUCUGGAUGCCGUCCUCUUCCCAAAAUGUGUGGAGGACUUCCAGACCUUUCAACAGGAGGGUUGGCAUUAUGAGCUGAACAAUCCUUCAGAAGAUAUAUCAUAUAAAGGAGUCGUUUUCAAUGAGAUGAAAGGUGUUUACUCACAGCCCGAUAAUAUAUUAGGUCGGACAGCUCAACAGGCUCUGUUUCCAGACAAUACCUAUGGUGUUGAUAGCGGAGGUGAUCCAAAAGUUAUUCCCAAACUCACGUUUGAGGAAUUCAAGGAAUUUCACCGUAAAUAUUACCACCCUGGCAAUGCUAGGAUAUGGUUUUAUGGAGAUGAUGAUCCAAAUGAGCGGCUACGCAUCCUGAAUGAGUAUCUAGAUUUGUUUGAUACAAGUCCAGCUUCCAGUGAAUCAAAGGUUGAACCACAAAAACUAUUUUCAAACCCAGUCAGGAUUGUUGAGAAAUAUCCUGCUGGAAAAGGUGGUGAUCUGAGAAAAAAGCACAUGGUAUGCCUUAAUUGGUUGCUCUCGGAUAAGCCGUUAGACUUGGAAACUGAACUUACCCUUGGGUUUUUGGAUCAUCUUAUGUUGGGAACUCCUGCUUCUCCAUUGAGGAAAAUUUUAUUGGAAAGUGGUCUGGGAGAUGCUAUUGUUGGUGGUGGGAUGGAAGAUGAGCUCCUUCAACCCCAGUUUAGUAUUGGGUUGAAGGGUGUUUCUGAAGAUGACAUUCAUAAGGUAGAAGAAUUAGUCAUGAGUACGCUUAAAAGUUUAGCAGAGGAAGGCUUUAAUUCAGAGGCUGUGGAGGCAUCCAUGAAUACAAUUGAGUUCUCUCUCAGGGAAAAUAACACUGGAUCAUUUCCUCGUGGCUUGUCCUUGAUGCUUCGCUCCAUUGGGAAAUGGAUAUAUGAUAUGGAUCCUUUUGAGCCAUUGAAAUAUGAGAAACCUUUAAUGGCCUUAAAAGCGAGAAUAGCUGAGGAAGGUUCUAAAGCUGUGUUUUCUCCUUUGAUAGAGAAAUACAUCCUGAACAAUCCUCAUUGUGUCACUGUUGAAAUGCAGCCUGACCCAGAGAAAGCUUCUCAUGAUGAAGCAGUUGAGAGAGAAAUUCUGGAGAAAGUCAAGGCAGGUAUGACAGAAGAAGAUCUUGCUGAGUUAGCACGUGCUACACAGGAGCUACGAUUGAAGCAGGAAACUCCUGAUCCACCAGAAGCUUUAAAAAGUGUACCAAGCCUUUCUCUACUCGACAUCCCCAAGGAACCUAUCCAUGUUCCCAUAGAGAUUGGAGUCAUCAAUGAUGUCAAAGUUUUGCGACAUGACCUCUUCACAAAUGAUGUCCUUUACACUGAGAUUGUCUUUGAUAUGAGUUCACUGAAGCAAGACCUUCUUCCCUUGGUACCUCUUUUCUGUCAAUCUUUGAUGGAGAUGGGUACAAAAGAUAUGGACUUUGUGCAACUAAAUCAGUUAAUUGGGAGGAAAACUGGAGGAAUAUCGGUUUAUCCUUUCACUUCGUCUGUACGGGGGAAGGAAUAUCCUUGUAGCCACAUAAUUGUUCGGGGAAAAGCCAUGGCAGGAUGUGCAGAAGACUUAUUUAACUUGGUUAAUUGCAUUCUUCAAGAAGUUCAAUUCACAGACCAACAACGUUUUAAGCAGUUUGUUUCCCAAAGCAAAGCAAGAAUGGAGAACCGAUUAAGAGGCAGUGGCCAUGGAAUCGCAGCUGCAAGGAUGGAUGCUAAGUUGAAUACUGCAGGGUGGAUUGCUGAACAAAUGGGUGGUGUUAGUUAUUUGGAAUUUCUGCAAGCUCUUGAAGAGAAAGUUGAUCAGGAUUGGAUUGGGAUCUCUUCAUCUCUUGAGGAGAUCCGCAAAUCCUUACUUUCAAGGAAGGGUUGCUUGAUAAACAUGACAUCUGAGGGAAAAAAUCUUAUGAACUCAGAAAAAUACGUUAGCAAAUUCCUUGAUUUGCUUCCUAGCAGCUCUUCUGUUGAAAAAACUACUUGGAAUGGUCGACUCUCUUCAGAAAAUGAAGCUAUUGUGAUACCUACUCAGGUUAAUUAUGUUGGAAAAGCAACUAACAUAUACGACACCGGUUAUCAACUCAAGGGCAGUGCAUACGUAAUUUCAAAAUACAUCAGUAAUACAUGGUUGUGGGAUCGUGUGCGAGUUAGUGGUGGGGCCUAUGGAGGUUUUUGUGAUUUUGACACUCAUUCAGGGGUAUUCUCCUUCUUAUCUUAUCGAGACCCAAACUUGUUAAAAACACUCGAUGUAUAUGAUGGAACUGGGGAUUUUCUACGUCAAUUGGAAAUGGAUGAUGAUACUCUCACAAAAGCAAUUAUUGGGACCAUAGGGGAUGUAGAUGCAUACCAGCUACCUGAUGCCAAGGGUUAUAGUAGUUUGUUACGAUACUUGUUGGGGGUAACAGAGGAAGAAAGGCAAAAGAGACGUGAAGAGAUAUUGUCAACCAGUUUGAAGGACUUCAAGGAAUUUGCAAAUGCAAUUGAGGCAGCUAAACAUAAAGGGGUUGUGGUUGCAGUAGCAUCUCCGGAUGAUGUUGAUGCUGCAAACAAGGAGCAUCCUAACUUCUUUAAAGUGAAGAAAGCCCUUUAAAACUCCAAAAAAUGUUGCAAAGGCAAAGAUUCUCUUACCGGAUAUUCUUUUGUUCUGUAGAAUACAAAAUUCAAAAGUGUUUUUCCAAUUUUUCAUAGCAAUAAAUAAAUGAUACUGUAGCAAAACAUGGGAUAGGACAGAAUCCAUGCAGCUUGAAAUGAACAGUUGUAUGGGGCUUAAUAUUGUAUUUUAGCAGUACUGCAAUUUAUGAACUCCUAAAUUUGAGCUGGAAAUUUGUAGAUUUCUUCUA